CAGUAUAAGUAUUAUCUUCACGCCCCGAAGGAAACUUUUCUGAAUUUGAUUUUGCGAGGCAACUGUUACGAAAUGGUAUGGUGCUGGAGUUUCACGACACUCACGGCCCCAUUCGCUCGCUAGUUCGCCCGAAUGCCGCACCCGCAAUGAAAGACCCUAGAGGCGCCGUGCGUAUCGUGGAAGUAGGACCGCGGGACGGCCUACAAAAUAUCAAAGACCAUGUGCCAACGUCAGUAAAGAUCGAGUUAAUCCGACGACUCCGCGGAACGGGUCUGCAAACCAUCGAGUUGACGUCGGUAGUCUCCCCUCGAGCGGUUCCACAGUUAUCGGAUUGUCGAGAUGUGCUGCGCAUGGAAGAUAUCAAGUCACUGCGGAAGGAACCUAAUAUUCGUCUUCCAGUGUUAGUUCCCAAUAUGAAGGGUCUGGAUAUUGCACUCGAAUACGGUGUUAAGGAGGUUGCGGUCUUUAUCAGCGCCACGGAAGGGUUCAGUAAGGCCAACGUCAACUGUACUGUGAAGGAGGGCUUAGAAAGAGCGAGGAAUAUUGCAGAGAAGGCUACCAGCUGUGGCCUGGCUGUCAGGGGAUAUGUAUCAUGCAUAUUCUCCGAUCCUUUUGACGGCCCAACGGCGCCAUCCGCAGUGCUUCACUGCGUGAGAGAGCUGCUCGAGAUGGGAUGUUAUGAGGUUAGCCUUGGAGACACACUGGGUGUCGGCUGCCCCGAUAAAGUACGAAGUCUUCUGGUGUAUCUGGAGGAACAUGACGUAUCUCUCGAUUUGCUGGCGGGCCAUUUCCACGAUACGUACGGCCAAGCUGUAGCCAACACUUGGGAAGCAUAUAAUUGUGGACUUCGUGUGUUUGAUAGCAGUAUCAGCGGCCUGGGAGGUUGCCCCUAUGCACCGGGCGCCAAGGGAAAUGUUGCCACAGAAGACCUAGUUUAUAUGUUUCACAAUGCGGGGAUUGACACUGGCCUUGACAUGCUCAAGCUGGUGGAAACUGGCCUGUGGAUAUCCACAAGACUGUCAAGAGAGAAUGCAAGUCGAGCUGGAAUAGCGCUCGCAAACACACACGGACUAGUGUGUCCACCGCGCCAUACGGACCACACACAGACCAAGGCAGUAAUUUCUUGGUCCCCAGUGAACACCAAGGGCAGGCUACUAACAUAUCGCUCGGGUGGCAAUUUUAAGAUUGUACUCAAUCGACCGAAAAGGGGCAACACGUUGACGCAGAAGAUGGUCGCGGACCUUAUAGCUAUCAUCGCAAGUUGCAACAAGGACCCUUCCCUCUUGAACAUUAUCAUCACUGCAACCGGGGGAUACUUCUGCAUGGGUAUGGAAAUUGGAAAGACUAUGCCAUUCAUUGCCCAGGGUGCUUCAAGAAAUCCCCGGCUCGAAGUGGAAGAGCGCUUUUAUACGCAACGCAGUUUCUCCACUCAUUCCACCACGGCGGACAAGCUGAAGUCACUAGGGCUGGUAUCUGAAAUUGUAGAAGACCAGGGACAGCUACGGGCCGGCCUUGAUGAUUUACUCAUACGCCUGAACAAUUCCAGACCUGCUAAACCACGGGUGUCCAGGGAGCUUUCAUGGUCAACGAGGGCGAAUGCAGAAUGGGAUGCACAAGUUGAUACUCUUGAUGAGACUUUUUUCAAAACGAUGAAGCUUGAUGUCGGCCAAGGCGACAUGAAAGCAUCCUACAGCGGACGGAGAGAUGAUUUGAAACUUCUACGUAACAUCAUGACCAUACGACAGUCUCCCUCACCCUUUACGCUGGAAUUUGACUCCCUAGUAAAGAAGCAGUUGGAGAAAUGGAAGGUGCCCGGCAUUACAAUCUCCGUGGUUCACGGCUCGAGCACUUAUGCGAAAGCCUAUGGCAUUGCAGAAUUCCCAGACAAGAAGAUGACUGUUGACUCUCUAUUCACCACUUGCAGCACCACCAAAGCCUUCACUGCUGCUGCGGUAUCCAUGGUAAUGGAUGACAGAAAAGAGACCCCCUCACCUCUCAGAUGGGAUACGCCAAUAGCAUCCUUAAUUCGAGAUGAUUUUGUUCUGGCUGACGGCAAUGCCACAAUGAACACUACACUGGAAGAUGCUCUGUCACAUCGAUCUGGCUUACCAGGUCAUAUAUUUGCGAUGACAGGCGCAUAUCCGGACGAAACAUUGCGUGAAGCGGUCCGGAAAAUCAGACACCUUCCGCUGGCGUAUCCACCGCGAACAACAUUCGACUAUUGCAACCAUAUGUUUAUGGUAGUGUCUCAUGUCUUGGAGCAAAUCACAGGCGAAUCACUGGGCGAGUUCCUACGAAAGCGCGUCUGGAGCCACUUAAUAUGA